GAGCUGGCGGAGUUUGAGGAGCUCCCGGACCAGGUACAAAUCAGCGACCAAGUGCUCAGGGAAGACGGUUUCGCCAACGACCCUUUCUACAGAUGUCUGGUGGCCGAGGUCCCGCCUGAGCAUCGGAGUCAAGAUGGACACACCGUCGUAGGGUAUGGCCUCUAUUUCUUCACCUACAGUACCUGGAAAGGCAGGAACAUCUACAUGGAAGACCUGUACGUCAUGCCUGAGUUCAGAGGUAAAGGCAUUGGCAAGAAGCUUAUGAGUAAAAUUGCAGAGAUCGGUGUGGAGAACAGAUGCACCCAGCUGAAGUUUGUGGUGCUGGACUGGAAUCGAACGGCCAUCGACUUCUACCAGGGCCAGGGGGCGGUGGACCUCACGACCGCGGAGGGCUGGCACUUCUUCCACGUCGAAGGAGAUGCCCUGAAGCAGCUGGCGCAGGGGCAGCUGGGACACUGACGUGGCCACCAACCCCCACGCCCCUCCCAGAGCCGGGGAGAGAACCCAGGAGUCCUGGCUCCCAGCCCCCCCUGCUCUAACCCACCAGCCCCCACUCCCCUCCCAGAGCCAGGGAGAGAACCCAGGUCUACUGGCUCCCAGCCAUCCCCCCUUCUAACCACUAGACCCUCCUUCCAGGAGGCCUGGCUGGGGAGAUCACAAUCAUCUGUCCUGGCCUUGGAAUCUAGAAAUCUACCCAUGUAUUUAUUAAAUAAAACCCUACCAAAACAA